GGCUUCCAUAAACAAGCAGUAUGGUAGUAGUAGAAGAAGAACAAGAAGAAAAAGAAGAAGAAACCUCCACUGCAUCAUGUCUGCCCAGGAGCUUCUUACUGAUCAACCUCCUGGUGGCCAAGAUAGAAAGAGCAUAAUUCGGCAGAGGAUGAUGGAGGAAGAAACAAAACUUCAGCAGAGGGGGGAGACCAAGCAGGAAGCAGAAUCUCUGGGAAUCAAAGAGGAGCAGCUUGGACUCUGCAUCGAUCCAGGUGAAACACAGCUGGUUAUAAAGCAGGAGACGGAUGCCUUUAUUGGAUUCUCUACAUGUGAGGAAAAGCCUCAGAGCGAGCCAGAGCUGCAAUGGUUUGGAGUGACAAAAGAGGAACCAGAACCUGUGCAGAUCAAAGAAGAACACAGAGGUGUGAGAAGCAAUGAAAAUGAGGAACAACUUGAAGUAAAGCAUGAGGACAAUACUUUCAUGGUCAUUCCUAUGGGUUUAAAAGACGAGCCAGAAGAGCUUCUGUCUGCAGACUCUCCUGCAGCUGAGAAGCAACAUCAGGAGAGUCAAGAGGAAUCAGGACCAAACACUGAUGAGGAGCUGAAGCAGAAGAGCAAAGAUCUAAACAACGGCGCAGAAGCAAAAAGACGGAGAGAAAAUAAAAGCUGUGAAAUCUGUGGUAAAUAUUUCCUCAGCUAUAGAUACCUGACCGACCACAUGAGGACGCACACAGGGGAGAGACCCUUUUCCUGUCCCACUUGUUUAAAAGGGUUUUCCCAGAAGAGUAAUCUUAGUAUUCACAUGAGGACGCACACAGGGGAGAAGCCAUUCCUGUGCGCUGUUUGUGAAAAACGUUUCACCACCAAGAAUAACCUGAGUGUCCACAUGAGGACGCACACUGGGGAGAAGCUUUUUUCCUGUCCAACCUGCGGGGCUGUGUUCACCCACCAGAGCACUCUGAUCGCUCAUGUCAGAACGCACACAGGGGAGAAGCCUUACUUGUGUCAUGUCUGUGAGAAGGCCUUCAUGAAAAGCAGUAACUUGGUCAACCACAUGAGGAGUCACACUGGGGAAAAACCUUUUCCCUGUAAAGUCUGCAGUAAAUCCUUCAGCAAAAACUGUCACCUCGCUAUUCACAUCAGGACCCACACGGGGGAGAAGCCAUAUUCUUGUGAGGUCUGCAGUAAAUCUUUCAGAAAUGUAGGUCACCUGAGUAAUCACCUAAAAACGCAUACAGGUGAGAAGCCGUUCCAGUGUAUGGUUUGUGGAAAAGGUUUUGUACAGAAAACCACUCUGAACUAUCACAUGAAAACCCACACUGGGGAGAAACCAUUUUCCUGUGAGUUGUGUGAAAAAGCCUUCAUGCAGAACAGCGAUUUGGCUCGGCACCUCAGGACUCACACAGGAGAGAAGCCAUACUCUUGUCAGUUAUGUGAUAAAUCCUUUAGACAGAGUAAUGCUUUGGCGCGACAUGUGACCACCCACACAGGUGAGAAGGGCUUUUCCUGUCCCACCUGUGCUAAAGGUUUCUCACAGAGGAGUCACCUGAGGCUCCACAUGAGGACGCAUACAGGUGAGAAGCCGUAUCCCUGUGAGCUGUGUGAUAAAUCGUUCAGCCUUGGCAGUCACCUGGCCUGUCACAUGAGGACUCACACGGGGGAGAAGCCUUUCCCUUGUUCGCUGUGUAAGAAGUCUUUCAGGCAGAGUGGUAAUCUGGCUCGCCACGUCAAAACACACACUGACGAAAAGCCCUUCUCAUGUCUGACAUGUGGAAAAGGUUUCACCAAGCAAAUGAAGCUGGCUGUGCACAUCAGAACUCAUCUGAGUGAGAAGCCAUAUCCCUGUGAGUUGUGUGAAAAGUCUUUUAUUCAAAGAAGCGAUUUGGCUCGCCACCUCCGGACUCACACUGGUGAGAAACCCUACCCCUGCUCAUGGUGCCAGAAAUCUUUCAGCCAGAGUGGGGAUUUGGCUCGGCAUGUAACGACUCACACAGGUGAGAAACCUUUCUUCUGUACGACUUGUGCAAAAGGUUUUUCCCAGAAGAGUCAUCUGGUCCGUCACAUGAGGACUCAUACCAGGCAGAAGCUGUUCUCCUGUCCCACUUGUGGAAAAAGUUUCACCAAGCAAAAUAAGUUGAAUGGGCAUAUGGAGAUUCAUGGCGUGGGGAGUCUCUCUUUGCUAGAUCAGACUAAACAUAAGAAUCUAAGCAGCACCACUAACAUUUAAGUCUAAAAGUUUCAUUUUCUUCUCUGUUCUGAGUUCCACUGCCAUCUAGUGGAUGUCUAAAGGAAUGAUAAAGUGUAAGGUCUCUUCAGAUGCUGUAAUAAUAUUAUUUGUUUUCUGAACAGUUACCCGGUAUCAUUAUUGGACUAAGAAUUAACUUAUUAAUGAUUUAACUUCACUCAGUUCUGAUCAAACGGACUUCAACAAGUUUUCAGUCUAAACAUUAUACUCAGUCUUUUCCUGAACCGUUUGCCGUUUGAAAACCGUUUCUAAAAUAAAUAUUCCACACCAUCAAUUUUUUUACAGAGCCUCAGAACUGACAAGGGAGAAAAAUAAGAUGCGCACGGAAUACUAAUUUACUCCCACAAAAUAUUAAUUUGUCGUCAUAAAAUAUUUAUUUGUUCACACAAAAUGCUAUUUCUCACAAAAUAUAAAUUUGUUGCCAUAAAAUAUUAAUUUGUUCACGCAAACUGCUAAUUCAUUCCCAUAAAAUAUACGAAAUGCGAAUUUGUUCCCACAAAAUAUUAAUUAGCUCUCACAAAAUAAAAAUUUGUUGACUCAAAAUGAUAAUUAGUUCCCACAAAAUAUAAAUUUCUUCACACAAAAUGCAGAUUCGUUCCCACAAAAUUUAAAUUUGUGGCCUUGAAAUACUAAUUUGUUACAAUAUAAAUUUGUUUGCACAAAAAAAUACUAAUUUGUUUCCACAUAAUAUUAAUUUGUGUCCACAAAAUAUUAAUUUGAUCCCACAAAAUAUUGAUUUGUUACCACAAAAUACUAAUUUCUUCCAAUAGCCAUGGUCCUUUCCAGAGCCUUGUAGUUGUUCAACAAUAAAGUCUAUCCCAGUAUCCAAGUUGUAUAAAGCGACCUGGCUCUUAAAAGUCUAAACGAAUGCCUCCCACUAAUGAGAAUUCCUUGAGACAUCAAACUUCUCAGAAUGUCUUUGUA